AUGUCAAGUACUCGCGCCACAAGUCGUACCGGUCCAAUCGAUUGGGUUGGAGAAUUGCCAUCCGACGAGAGAUAUAAUGAUCCAGAUGCGGAUUUCAUCCUUGUCUCCAGUGAUGAUGUAGGAUUCAGAGUGAAAAGGGGAUUUCUUCAGGCAUACAGUCGAACAUGGGAAGCUACACUCAAUUCGGACAUUCAUCCUGAAGCUCAUCUUAAUCUGAUCGACGAAGAUAUUGAGAACUCCCAUGUCAUUCGAUUAUUCCUAGACCUUCAGAUAGGUCAUGAGAUCAAAUUGACUCGAGGUGAUUUGGGAAUAAUGAGAAGCUGUGUUGAUUUUGGUAUCAAAUAUAAUUGUCCUUCUUUGAACGCUUUACUUUCUUCUCAAGGUAGGAAGAUGCUUCAACAACCUGAUGUUGGACCUGGAAAGAUAUUCAUCUUGGCUGCACAUCUGAAUGAUGCUAGAUUAGCCGCGGAUGCAAUUAGGAAUUCUGGAAAUUUGGUUUGCAGUGAACCACCUACUCCAAGAAAUGGUAGAUCACGAUCUGACAUCCCCUCAAGGGUAGUUGUUAAUCGACCUUUGAACGAAGUCAUGUUCAUGCCUAUUCCCCUUUGGUGGACUACCGACCAGAUCGAAGAGAACUUGAACCAUAGGAAUAGAAGAGAAGUGAGAGGAAGAGGUGCAAUGGAGAUUGCAAGUUGGCCAUGGGCUGAAGUCUUUAGAUUACCAUUGGAAUACGUUUUUGCCUUGAGUAGAACGGCAAUGCUACACAAUCUACAACCAGGUCAGAGAAGCUACGAACAUGCCGCAAGAUGCUUUUUGGAUAUCAUAGAAGGCUAG